UCUUUUUGGGGUCCUUGACGUGGCAGUAACAAACAAAAAUGGCGGUGGUGUUUAAAGCGUCUUAGAGUACACUUCGGAAUUUUAGAAUUAUUAUCUGAAGUUAUCAGUUAAAACAUUUCCUAUGUGCAUCAUUUUCCUGUCUUGUUUGUGGUAUUUGAGGUGGGGAGCUGUAAAAUGAGCGCCUGGGCCGGUUUUUCUGACGAGGAGCUGCGGAAUAUUCAGCAGAAAGACUCGGCGAUGUCUGCAGCGGCAGCCCGCGGUCGGAAACCGGCUCCAGCCAAUCGCAGUCGGCAGCAGUUGCAGCGGGAGAGGGCUCUUCACCUAGCCGUCCAGAAAAACCUUGGAGUCGCGUCUUCAGGCCUCCCACCGGAGCAGCAGCUCACCAAACCCCCGCCGAACGAACAUCCUGGUCCUCAGCUCAUCGCCCCAACAGCAGCUACGGCUGUCAGACAGGAGGCGAAGCCGGCUGAUGGUUUUCAGGCGGCUUCGCCUCCAGAGGAGGAGACCCCGGCUCUCAAAGAGCUGGAGAAACAAGAGGUGGAACUACGGGAAAAGACGCGUCUGGAGCAACUGCAACAAGAGCAAAAGAUUAUUGAAGAGAGGAAUAAGCACAAGAAGGCUCUGUUGGCCAAAACGAUUGCUGAAAAGUCCAAGCAGACUCAGGCAGAGGCCGUAAAGCUGAAGAGAAUCCAGAAGGAACUCCAGGCCCUCAAUGACAUGGUGUCCAGUGAUAUCAGCAUCCUGAGAGACCGGAUAGAACAAGCCAGUUGGGACUACUCUGCUGCCAGAAAGCGUUACGAGAAGGCGGAGGCGGAGUACGUGAUGGCCAAGCUGGACCUGCACAAGAAGACGGAGGUGAAGGAGCAGCUGACGGAGCACCUGUACGCCAUCAUCCAGCAGAACGAGCUGCGAAAAGCCCACAAGCUGGAGGAGCUGAUGCAGCAGCUGCAGCUCGAGGCUACCGAGUGCGAGCCGGACAGGCUGGAGGAGGAGGAGGAGACGACGCAGAGAAACGGUUCAGUGCAAUCGGCCGAACACUGCAGACUGCCGGAGGAGGAGGAGGCAGGAGGUGACGUGCAGCAGACGCCCAAACAGGACUGCAAGGCAGUAGAAGACUGUGCUCCGAGUGCAAUCAUGGCCUCCUGACGCUCGUCAUCUGACGUUAACUCAAACACUAAAACACUAACGCUGCCAGCUGGAGGAAGCGUGUGUGGGGACGCCGGGAGUCCAUACCGCUGCUGUGGCAACAGGAGUCGUAAAGCGGUGUCGGUGGUGGGAAGACGGCGGGUCAGGCUGCGGACUCACUUUGGUUAUUUUUGGGUCAUUAAAUCCUGAAAAAGCACCUUUUAUCAUACGUAACCAAGACGACAAUCUUAGCCCAGCCAUCAGCAGUCACGACAGUCAGUGGAGAUGCAGACUGAUUUGUUAAAAACAUUUUAUUUACUUUAAAAGAUGUCGUCUGUGUGGCUCUUAAAGCUGUUAAAUGGCAUAUAAAUGUCUUUUUUAAGUACAGUUGGCCUGUGAUGCUGAAAUUGGCACAAUCACGUAUCUUAUUAUGUACUCAUGUUUUGAUUGGACAGUUCCAGAUUUUGGUCAGAAUUUGGACAAUCGUAGACUUUAUUUUUUCGUCACGUUUCAUGCUUUAAGGACACCCAGCCCUCCGUCCACCUGCAGGUGACAGGAUCCUGAGAAAAGCGUCUCCUUGUGGGUCCUGAUUCCUGAUUCCUGGACGGCCGUGCACUUGGUGGACCUUAGUGUGUUGUGGAUGGUUUUUAAAAGUCUGUGUGCUCUCUGCUCUGGGUGUUGAAUGAUUGUGGUGCAAGUUACUUCAUUGGGGUGAAUAUGUACAGUAUAUAUUUAGAUACGGACUACAGUAUGAUAUUUUACUGAAAUAAAGGAGUUCUUUGCCUCC